UCCUCGUGGUAACUUGGAAAGCAGCAAAGAUCAUCAACUGUUGGAGCAGUGACUCUCUGUUUGCCUGUUAGUAGGUGGAUAAGUUGAGGGAUUUGAUGCUAAAGAGUCUGAGAAAUUUCUACAAGAAUCGGAAGACAAACUUGGAUCCCCAUCCAACACAAUGCCUGUCAGUAACCGUGGUAGUGGAAGAUCCUUUCUAGGAAGAGCCGAGCAGCCUUCCAUGCAGUAGGAACAGCAGGGCACAGGAUCAAGUGUACCAUCUUUGUUAGAAAGUUGACACCAAUCAAGAUUGAGUGUCCCCAAGAGUAUGGCAGUUCUACAAUGAAGUCCACUGAUAUAAUAGACCAAAGCUGCCAAGGCCUGUGCAGAGGCUGGAGGACACCUAGCAUUUUUGAUUCUGGCUUCUUGGUAUGAGGUCACAGGACCUAAUCCUUGAUGUAAGCUUGUAGGACUGGCCAACAGAAGCUCCUCGAUACUAGAUUCAAAGUCUUGAAUUGGCCAAAAUGGCCUGCAAAUAGCAAAUUGUGGCAUAGUUUCAAUGCCUGAAGCCUAGGUUGUACCUCCAGAACAUAAAUAGAACCCUUGAGAGAGGAGGCUUGUGACAGGGUGUGUAUACCCCGCACUGGACAAGAGGGGGUUAAUGCCACACUAUGUGCAGCAGAAGUCCCUCCCCUCAGACUGCGCUGGGCGUGCUCCACCUACUGUGUCAAUAUAAAAGGGAGUAGCCCAGCUCAUUCUAGGUUGACAGGGAAGGACCUGGGGCAAAGGAUCCAGAUGAAGAGCCAUCACAGCCUUAGCCUUUGCCUGCGGGAACUGGAGACCCUGAGAGCCAGACCAGAGGGCUGCAGCUGAUGGAGACACAGGGAAUCACCUGCGCUGAGGAGCCUGGGAACCCUGAUGCUCAAUGGACUACAAUGCCUGGAAAUGCGAAUCGGGAUCAGACUCUGAAUCCAAGGAUCAGGACCAAGACCAGCAAGAAGCCCCUGCUCAGCAAGGGACAGCUGGGGCACAACCUCAAGACCACCAGCAGCAGCAGCUCAGUGAGGAACAUCAGAACGCGAUAGACCAGUUCUCUGCUGUGGCAGCACACAGUACCCCUGUGAAAAAAGAGCAGGUCACUGACAGAGAACGGGAGUUUGCUGCUGCUGCUGCAAAACAGCUGGAAUACCAGCAGUUUGAAGACGACAAGCUCUCUCAAAAAUCAUCGUCUAGCAAACUCUCCAGAUCUCCUCUAAAGAUUGUUAAAAAGCCGAAAAACAUGCAGUGCAAAGUGAUACUCCUGGAUGGCUCUGAAUAUGGAUGUGAAGUGGAGAAACGUUCCAGAGGUCAAAUAUUGUUUGACAAAGUAUGUGAACAUCUAAAUCUUUUGGAAAAGGACUACUUUGGGCUAACAUACAGAGACAUGGAAAACCAAAAGAACUGGUUGGACCCUGCAAAGGAAAUCAAAAAGCAGAUCCGAAGUGGUGCUUGGCAGUUCUCCUUUAAUGUGAAAUUUUACCCUCCAGAUCCUUCCCAGCUGUCUGAAGAUAUUACCAGGUACUACCUCUGCUUGCAGCUGAGAGAUGACAUAGUGUCUGGACGGCUGCCUUGUUCUUUUGUUACUCUUGCUCUUUUGGGGUCCUAUACCGUUCAGUCGGAACUUGGAGAUUAUGAUCCUGAUGAAUAUGGAAGUGAUUAUGUUAGUGAAUUCCGGUUUGCACCAAAUCAUACUAAAGAAUUGGAAGACAAAGUAAUUGAGCUGCACAAGAGCCACAGGGGAAUGACACCUGCAGAGGCUGAGAUGCAUUUCUUGGAGAAUGCCAAAAAACUAUCCAUGUAUGGAGUGGAUCUACAUCAUGCCAAGGAUUCUGAAGGAGUUGAAAUCAUGUUAGGGGUUUGUGCCAGUGGUCUCUUAAUAUAUCGAGACAGACUCAGGAUAAAUAGAUUUGCCUGGCCAAAAGUUCUGAAAAUUUCAUACAAGAGGAACAAUUUCUACAUCAAAAUCCGACCAGGAGAGUUUGAACAGUUUGAAAGCACUAUUGGGUUUAAGUUGCCAAAUCAUCGUGCUGCAAAGCGUUUAUGGAAAGUAUGUGUUGAACAUCACACGUUUUUCAGGCUGUUGUUACCAGAGGCACCACCAAAGAAAUUCCUUACAUUGGGUUCCAAGUUCCGCUACAGUGGAAGAACACAAGCCCAAACCAGACGAGCCAGUGCACUAAUAGACCGUCCUGCACCUUACUUUGAGCGUUCUUCCAGCAAACGUUAUACUAUGUCUCGCAGCUUAGAUGGGGCAUCAGUGAAUGAAAACCAUGAAAUGUACAUGAAGGAUUCUAUGUCUGCUGCAGAGGUUGGUACUGGCCAGUACGCCACAACAAAGGGCAUCUCUCAAACCAACUUGAUAACCACUGUGACUCCAGAGAAAAAAGCAGAGGAAGAAAGAGAUGAGGAAGAGGGCAAAAAAAAAGGAGAGGAAAUCACUCCAGUCUCUGCAAUACGCCAUGACACGAAGACGGACAGUGAACAGACGGAUACUGCAGCUGAUGGUGAAACUACUGCCACAGAGUCGGAUCAAGAGGAAGAUGGAGAUCUCAAGGCACAGGAACUAGACAAAAAUCAAGAAGACCUGAUGAAACACCAGACCAAUAUAAGUGAACUGAAACGAACUUUCUUGGAAACCUCCACAGACACUACAGUGUCUAACGAAUGGGAGAAGAGGCUUUCGACAUCUCCAGUUCGACUUGCUACAAGACAGGAGGAAGCUCCUAUGAUUGAACCACUUGUGCCUGAAGAGACCAAAGAAGAGAGAGAAAAAUCUGAAAAACUUAUAUUUUUGCAGAAGGGAAGUACUACAUUCCUGGAGUCGCAGCCAAGGGAGAUAGAGAAGAAGCUGCAGGAAGGAGAAUCUGCUGGCACUGUUGUUACUUCUCAUCAAAUCAUUUUCCAGAAAAGUGUUCCAUCAUCCUUAGAGGGCACUGAGGAUUGGGUUAUUGUAGACAAAAUACCUACUGAGGUAGUUGAUGGUGAAUCGAAAAAAAUUGUGACAUACAAAGUAAUGACUGUGCGCAGUAAAACUGGUGACAUUCCACCUGAGAUAUUAAAAUCCAGUACCAUUGAAAUGCAAAGCUUUGAGGACUUGGAAAAUGAAAUACAAUCAAAAGAGGAGAAUAAACAGAAAAUGUACACCUUAGGAAAGUCCUAUGACACUGUAUCCGGGAAAAUUGUAACCAUGACAAGUAAAGCUAAAGAGGGAGAGAAAACAGUGCAGUCAUCACUAGAAGCAUUUCAAAAAAUGGAGAGGGGAAUGCCAGAAUCUGUGAAAAUCAUUCCAGUAGUGGCUGAAUAUGAAAUUCUAGAGCCCAUCACAGACGAAAAAGCAAGGAGGGGAUCCGAUGUACAGAGUACAAAAAGAAAGCUGUCCGAAUCUUUGACACCUAUAAAGGAAGCAGAGUCUCAGUUGCAUAGUCCUGAAGAGGAAAGUUUGAAGAAAGCACAAAAGAUGGACCAGGAUUUUCAUGGUGCACUGGGAAGCCUGCAGUUUGGCAGAGCUGAAAAACACCUUGACAGUGAAGCUCUGAAAGCAGGGGCAUUUGGUCGGAAAGAUAAGAGCCUGUCCGAGUGGAGAUAUUCCAGAGAACAGCCAUUUACCAUUGCUACUGCUCACUAUGUUUCUGAGUCGUCUGCAUCAAGAGUAGUGACUAAACAGUCCUCCAGUGAAAAAACCUUGGAUGGUUCAGAUAUCUUCAGUUUAUUAGAGUCUGCAAGAAAACCAACUGAGUUCAUAGGAGAGGUUACUUCUACUUCACAUAGCAGGGCUCAGAAAACGGAAACAAAGACCAGCCAGGAGAUAAGUGUCAGCGAAAUGAAGGAAGAGAUUCAGCCAUAUCAGGAUUCAGUGAAGAAGGUUGUGCAGGAGACUGUACUGGUCGAGGAGAGAUAUGUGACGAAUGUGCAUGCAAGUGGGGAUGCUGUUAAAUUGGCUGGAGAUCAGCUGGAUGCUAUGGCACAGGCAGUAUCUGCUGUUGCUUCUAGUAUGAAAGGAAAGGAGGGUUCAGCUGUGACUGAGGGGGCUAAAGAGGAAAAAAGGGAGGAGGCUGCUAAAGCUGUAACCAAGCGGGAAGAAAUUGCUGCUGCUUCUCAUCAGCAAGAGGAGGAGCAGAGUGCAACAGUCCACGUUUCCGAUACAUUGGAAAGAAAACCUCAUUUUGAGCAGUCACCAGUUGUGAAGACUGAAACCAUCAGCUUUGGCAGUGUUUCUCCAGGUGGGGAGAAGCUUGAAAUGUCUACCAAGGAAGUUCCCAUAGUUCAUACAGAAACAAAAACCAUUACAUAUGAAUCAUCACAGGCAGAUUCUGGUGCUGACUCAGAGCCAGGUGUGUUGAUGAGUGCACAGACCAUCACAUCUGAAACUACCAGUACUACAACUACUACACAUAUCACGAAAACUGUGAAAGGAGGCAUUUCAGAGACAAGAAUUGAAAAACGAAUAGUCAUCACAGGAGAUGCAGAUAUUGACCAUGAUCAGGCGCUGGCUCAGGCAAUUAAAGAGGCCAAAGAGCAGCACCCUGACAUGUCAGUGACCAAAGUAGUGGUACAUAAAGAGACAGAAAUCACACCAGAAGAUGGGGAGGAUUGACCCACAGGAAUAAUUUAGCUUGCAUACGAAUCCAGUCAUGCACACCCUUAGGAAUACCAGAGCCUAUAUGGAGUCUCAGUUCUAACCUGACUGACUUGUAUCUGUCCAUGGAAAAUUUCAGUACCGAAGAAUUGGUCGUAAAUGCUAAUAAAGACACUGGCAGAGAUAUUUUCCCGUAUAAAGCAAUCUGAAUCAACAUCAGUAAAACAAUAUUGCAUGAAGCAAAGAUAAAUUUACAGAAAAGCAGCAUUUUAAAUUUUCAUUAUAUCUAAGUUUUCAGCUAUACCUGCACGUUCAUAAACAAUAUAAACAGUGAUCUAAUGUAACACAUAAACAGUUCAUGCCUUUCACAUUUUAUUAAAUCUAAACAUACUAAAAUUUGUUAGGUGGCAAACCUUUUGUUUAUGGAUACUGUAACUGAAGAUUACCCUAAACUGCUAGAAGCUGUAUAGGUACUAUGUAUAAUGUUUUAUCACACAUUAGAUGUGCCAAUAACACAGUUUAUUCAGGAAACAAUUUGAAUCUUGUAUUUGUUUUAUCUGGUUUUAUUACUGUUGCCUGAUUAAAAAAAAAGAUGAAUCUCUAACCUUAUCAAAAUAUUUAAAUUCUUACAAAAUGUGCUUUGCAUACCUGAUUUAAUACCUUGUGAGGUAGUAAAGAUUUCAGCACAUUUACUUGACUUUAAGAUUUUUUGUCAGCUUUGUUCAGAGUUAAAGACAGAAAGUUUCCAGUCACCCUUCAGAAGUUCUAACCCUGUAAAUUAUAUGUAGUUAUUUUGGAGAAAGUCUGUAUUUUCCUUAGUUUAAAGUGUUACAAAAUUAUUACUCUGAAAUAACGUUGAUUUUUUUUUAUUGACUUCCCUUUUGUUCUCAGAGAAAAAAAUGUUUCAUUUCAGAAUCUGGUCAGCACCAUUUAUGAUCUAGUUCAGAGCCAAGCCUUAAAAUGUACAGAACAUCCACCGAAAACUCAUUAGUAUUCCGUUAUAAUAUCCACUGAAGGGAUAUAGUCUCCAUUACACUCUCAGCUGCGUCACAACACAUGGUGAAUGUAUGUUUCUGCAUAGUGAAAUAAAAGUGGUAAAUGCAUCCAAAAUUGUAUUGUUCUGUGUCUAAAAGAAUCCAGUGUUUUUAUAUUCAAAACCCAAGUAAUAUCUGUAUGAUAUCAAAGGCUUUAUUCAUCUGCAUAGUAGGUGUGUCCUGUCUUACAAUAGACCACAGUAUGCUGUGCAGACAACUGGAGUUUGCAGGGGAGCCUACGGGAUAAUAAUAUGAAAAUGUACUCCUUUGGGUAAAAUGAUGUUAGCAAAGGAAAAAGAACAUUAUGCUUCUUUUUUCUAUAGCGGUGUACUGUGUUUCAGUUAAGUUAAAUGGAAAUUAUUUGUGUUUGGCUAACAAAAUUAUAAUGAAAAUGUAGCAUUGGCUCAAGAUCUGUUUUCUUUUAUAUAUUUGCUCUGAAUCAUGGAUGAAUUAUCUAUUUAAGAGAAUCCUUAGUUUUCUGUUUGCUGUUGCUUGCUCCUUGACCACACUUGGCUGGCAUUCCCUUGGUGAUUUAAGAUGAAUUUGUAGAGGCUAACUCACCCGUCAAUCCAUAAACCCUGGUAGGAUGCAAGAAAUAAAUACAAGUGAACUUGUGUACACAGAGCUCCCUCUCAUUGACUUCAAUGGAGGUGACUUCAGUGGAGGGCAGGAUUUGGCCCACAGAUUUGUUACAAGUAUUUAUUUUCUUAAUUUAGAAAGAAAGAAAAGAGAAUAUAUCAAGAGAAGAAUCUGUAGUUAAUAAUUAAAAAGAAAUCUCCUGAGGUUUUGACUGCUCUACUCUGUAUCUCUAAAAUGAUGUUUUCAAUCAGCCAUUCUUCAUGUCUUUGUUGUUUAAGACCUCCCUUUAUGUAUCUGCCCUUCUAGCACAUCAGUCAUCUCUCACCUAUUACCUAAUGAAUAAUGCAAAGAUUGUGUUCUUAUGUCCAUAUUUUUGGAGUUCUCUUCCUGACCCUCUUCCUAAUAUAACAGAAUGUGUCUAUAAAUUCUAUUCCUUCCUAGAAUAGGAUUUCUUUCCUCCCCCCGUCAGCUACAGAGAGAAGAGGUAUCUACCCUGUUUCUCAGCAGACUACAUUCCAGGCUCUUGCUUCUGCAUCAAGAGUUUAAAAAUAGACUCUGAAGCCAUAUUGAUCUUCCCUCAGGUGGCCCUUACCUUGUCAGCUAAGAAACAGCAUUAUGUUACCUCAGAGAUGUGAGUGGCUACUAUACUGCCUUCUGUCCAGAGUUACCCUUAGCAUUAUAUUGUAGCAUGGCUUGAGGGAAAUGUACUAUAGUGAUUAUGUACAGUAUGUAUGCUGUCUGAAGAUACUGUAUCUUUGAGGUUAGUCUCCUUAAAAAGCUAGGGUAUGGCCUAAGCAUGUACAGAGUAAGAGAAGAUUAGAGUGGAUCGGCAAUGACAUCUCAGUCAUUGUUAGCAGCAGACCUUUGUUUGGGGUAAUUCCUCGGGAUGGUUCCUGGGAAUAAUAGUUUUGAUUUUUGUUAGUGACUGUUUCUUGGGUUGUCUGCCUAAUGCUGUGCCACAUGAAAUAAAGAACACUUUCCUGUUUC